AUGCCUAGCUCAGUGAGCCCGUCCUCUCUCCGUCAACCUUCAGCAAGUCGAGAAAAUGCUAACCAUGAGGACGAAGAGGACGACAGACAGUGCCUUUGCAGCUCGUUGAAACCCCUGAAAAUGACCAAAUUCCGCCCUCGAUCCUCCGUUCGAUUAAAACUCUUCGUCACCAUCUUCCUUGUCCUCGUCUUCCUUGUCUAUCUCCCUGCGAGAUGGCGCCGUUCUACGGGCUCCGAGAGCAUUCGGCCGUGGUCAAAGACCAACAGAGACAUCUACGGACAGCACAUCAAUUUCUGGCGCUCUUUCCACCCCAUCCUUGUGGCCAACUCGCCCAACUGCACCUCGCCCAAGCGCUCCGAGAAAGCGAGCUCGACUCGAUUCGACCCUAAGAAUGGCGUGGAACGGCCGGAUUUCAUGUCCAUGCCUCGAGAGGAUGUUGAAAAGAUGAAAUUGAUGCAUAAUAGCUUCGUCAACACGCUCAAAGACCGCCCCCUGCACCCCUACUACGUUCCUGGCACGCGUGGCCUGGUCUCAACUGCUGGGGGCCAGUUUCUCCCCAUCCUGACGAUAUCCUUGCGCAUGCUUCGACACUACGGAUCGUCGUUACCAAUGGAGGUGUUUCUUGCGUCGGAGGAGGAGUACGAGCCGUAUAUAUGUGAGCACGUCUUUGCGGAACUGAACGCAAAGUGCUUAAUUUUGGGCAAGAUUUUGAACGAGGUGCCCGGUCCCAUCGACAUAAAACAGUAUCAAUAUAAGCCGUUUGCAAUGCUUUUCUCUUCGUUUGAAGAGAUGCUAUUCCUUGAUGCCGACGCAUUCCCGUUGCACGAUCCAAAAACUUUGUUUUCCUCUGAGCCUUUCCGCUCUUUUAACAUGGUUACGUGGCCCGACUUUUGGGCCUCCAGCGCUUCGCCCUUGUACUAUCAAAUUGCAUCACAACGUAUACCUCCAACGACAGCUAGAGCCUCCACCGAGUCUGGUGAACUUCUCAUCUCCAAGAAGACUCACAAAAAGACGCUUAUGCUCUCGACGUACUAUAACUACUACGGGCCCUCGCAUUACUAUCCCCUUUUCUCACAGGGCGCUGCCGGAGAAGGAGACAAAGAAACCUUUAUCGCUGCUGCUACAGCGGUCGAUGAGCCCUUCUAUCAAGUCAGUGAACCGUUGCGCGCCAUUGGACAUCGAGCUGCCGAUGGCGGGAUGGACGGUUCUGCAAUGGUCCAAUACGAUCCAGUGGAGGAUUAUCGACUAACGAAAAAGGGCAUAUUCCGAGUUGCAGAUCCUUCAGCGGCUCGCUCGCCCAAGCCUUUUUUCAUACACGCCAAUUUCCCAAAGUUCAACCCUGCCACGAUCUUCGAGAAGCAUGCCACAGACCCCGUUCGGGACCCAAAGGGGAACUAUAUACGUCAGUGGACGAUCCCCGAAGACACGAUCGAUGAAUUUGAAGAAGAUGUCGUCAAGCAGUUCUGGUCCGAGAUCAAGUGGGUGGCGUGCGAGCUUGAAGACAAGUUUCAGAGUUGGAAGGGGAAAAGAGGCAUUUGCGAUGGUGUUAAACGGUACUGGAACGACGUGUUUGAGAAGAAGAGCUGA